AUGACGGUACCGCCCUCCUCCCUCUCCCCUGCCGGUGUCGCCUCACGAGAUGUGGUCAUCCUACCUGAGACCAACCUUUCGGCCCGCCUCUACCUCCCCCAAUCCCAAGUUUCCUCCACCCGGAAACUCCCCACGAUCAUCUAUUUCCAUGGAGGUGGUUUCAUCAUGGAAUCUCCCUUCUCCUCUACCUACCACCCCUACACUGAUGCCCUCUCGGCAAAAUCCAAUGCCCUUAUUGUCUCUGUCAACUAUAGUCGUGCCCCUGAGAACCCACUUCCUGCUGCCUACGAGGAUGGGUGGUCGGCCCUCAAGUGGGUUGUCCAGCGGUGGGAUCCGUGGCUCAGGGACCACGCCAAUCUGGACCGUAUCUACUUGGUCGGGGACAGUUUGGGGGCCAACCUUGGGCACCACAUGGCCAUGAAGGCCGGUAUUGAAAGUUUGGGGGUAAGGGUGCAUGGACUGGUUUUGGUCCACCCAUACUUCUGGGCCUCGGAUGUGAGCGAGGAGGAGGCGAAGAGCAGUGAUAUGGCGGAGAAGUUAUGGAAAUUUUCUUGCCCCAUGACUGUCGGGCUGGAUGACCCAUGGAUUAAUCCAAUGGCGGAUGGUGUAGGGGCGCUGAAGAAGCUCGGAUGCGAGCGCGUGCUGGUAUGCUUGGCCGAAAAGGAUUGCUUGAGACAGAGAGGGAGGGUGUAUUAUGAAGCUCUUAAAAAGUGCAGGUGGGAAGGGGUGGCUGAGAUUGUUGAGACUGAAGGUGAAGAUCACUGUUUCCAUUUGUUUGAUCCUGAGAGUGGGAGGGCUAAGGACUUCAUAGAUCAGUUGGUUUCCUUCAUCACUCGCUGUUGA